AUCGGCUGAAAGCUGAGCUGGACUUGGCUGUGGGAGUCGGAGCGCGGCGCUUUGGGUUGUGAGUGCUGACGGUUCUGGCCAGGUGAGCAGUUCCGGCCAGUUCCCUUUUAGACUAUGGCGACAUAUCUGGAGUUUAUUCAGCAGAAUGAAGAACGGGAUGGUGUGCGUUUUAGUUGGAAUGUGUGGCCUUCCAGCCGUCUGGAAGCUACGAGAAUGGUUGUUCCCCUGGCCUGUCUCCUUACUCCCUUAAAAGAACGUCCAGACCUACCUCCUGUACAGUAUGAACCUGUGCUUUGCAGCAGACCAACUUGCAAAGCUGUUCUCAAUCCACUUUGUCAGGUUGAUUAUCGAGCAAAACUUUGGGCCUGUAAUUUCUGUUUCCAAAGAAAUCAGUUUCCUCCAGCUUAUGGGGGCAUAUCUGAGGUGAAUCAGCCUGCUGAACUGAUGCCUCAGUUUUCUACAAUUGAGUACAUGAUACAGCGAGGUGCUCAGUCCCCUCUGAUAUUUCUCUAUGUGGUUGACACAUGCCUGGAGGAAGAUGACCUUCAAGCACUCAAAGAGUCCCUGCAGAUGUCCCUGAGUCUCCUUCCUCCAGAUGCUCUGGUGGGUCUGAUCACAUUUGGGAGGAUGGUGCAGGUUCACGAACUAAGCUGUGAAGGAAUCUCCAAAAGUUAUGUCUUCCGUGGGACCAAGGAUUUAACUGCAAAGCAAAUACAGGAUAUGUUGGGCCUGACCAAGCCAGCCAUGCCCAUGCAGCAAGCAAGACCUCCUCAACCACAGGAGCACCCUUUGGUUUCCAGCAGAUUUCUGCAGCCCAUUCACAAAAUUGAUAUGAACCUCACUGAUCUUCUUGGGGAGCUGCAGAGGGACCCAUGGCCAGUAACUCAGGGGAAGAGACCUUUGCGAUCCACUGGUGUUGCUUUGUCCAUUGCUGUUGGCUUGUUGGAGGGCACUUUUCCAAACACGGGAGCCAGGAUCAUGCUGUUUACUGGAGGUCCCCCUACCCAAGGGCCUGGCAUGGUGGUUGGAGAUGAAUUAAAGAUUCCUAUUCGUUCCUGGCAUGAUAUUGAGAAAGAUAAUGCACGUUUCAUGAAAAAGGCAACUAAGCACUAUGAGAUGCUUGCUAAUCGAACUGCUACAAAUGGUCACUGCAUUGAUAUUUAUGCUUGUGCCCUUGACCAAACUGGACUUUUGGAGAUGAAGUGUUGUGCAAAUCUUACUGGGGGUCACAUGGUAAUGGGAGAUUCUUUCAACACUUCUCUCUUCAAGCAGACAUUCCAAAGGAUUUUUAGUAAAGAUUUUAAUGGAGAUUUUCGAAUGGCAUUUGGUGCUACUUUGGAAGUAAAGACCUCUCGGGAACUGAAGAUUGCGGGAGCCAUUGGUCCAUGUGUAUCUCUGAAUGUGAAAGGACCCUGUGUGUCGGAAAAUGAGCUUGGUGUCGGUGGCACGAGUCAGUGGAAAAUCUGUGGCUUGGAUCCCACAUCUACACUUGGCAUUUACUUUGAAGUAGUCAAUCAGCACAACUCUCCGAUCCCCCAAGGAGGCAGAGGCGCCAUCCAGUUUGUCACACAGUAUCAACACUCCAGCACCCAGAGACGCAUCCGUGUGACCACCAUUGCCCGAAAUUGGGCAGAUGCGCAGAGUCAGCUCAGGCACAUAGAAGCAGCAUUCGACCAGGAAGCCGCAGCAGUCUUGAUGGCACGGCUGGGAGUAUUCCGAGCAGAGUCAGAAGAGGGGCCUGACGUGCUCCGGUGGCUGGACCGACAACUCAUCCGACUGUGUCAGAAGUUUGGACAGUAUAACAAAGAAGACCCCACUUCUUUUAGGUUAUCAGAUUCCUUUUCUCUAUAUCCUCAGUUCAUGUUCCAUCUUAGAAGAUCUCCAUUUCUGCAAGUGUUUAACAACAGCCCCGACGAGUCGUCCUAUUACAGACACCAUUUUGCCCGGCAGGAUCUGACCCAGUCCCUCAUCAUGAUCCAGCCCAUUCUCUACUCCUAUUCCUUCCAGGGGCCUCCAGAGCCAGUACUCUUGGACAGCAGCAGCAUUCUAGCUGACAGAAUUUUGCUGAUGGAUACUUUCUUUCAAAUUGUCAUUUAUCUUGGUGAGACCAUAGCCCAGUGGCGUAAAGCUGGGUACCAGGACAUGGCCGAGUACAAAAACUUCAAGCACCUUCUGCAGGCACCACUGGAUGAUGCUCAAGAAAUUCUACAGGCGCGGUUCCCAAUGCCACGUUACAUUAACACGGAGCAUGGUGGCAGUCAGGCUCGAUUCCUUUUGUCCAAAGUGAACCCAUCUCAGACACACAAUAACCUGUAUGCCUGGGGACAGGAAACUGGAGCGCCCAUCCUAACUGACGAUGUUAGCCUGCAGGUGUUCAUGGAUCAUUUGAAGAAGCUGGCUGUCUCUAGUGCCUGUUAACCUGAGCAUAUGACCAGGAAAUUGAAAAAACACUGUGUUCACAAUUGUUUAUAAAGGCUAAAUAACAUUCCUUUUACUUUUCUGGCAGAUUUUAAUAAAUAAUCAAAGAAAAUUUUGUAUGUAACUCUUAAGGUUAUAAUUUAUUUGUAUGCCUUAUCUGUGUCCCUUUUCUUGCACCACAAAAUGAUAAGGUCAUAAAUGCUUUGGUACUUAUAGAUGUUUAUGUCCUUUUUGUAUCCUGACUUUUAGAGUUUAAAUAAAAUCAGAGGUAAUGUAUUUUCAUAGCUUGUUUAGGUGAGCAUCUUAAUGAUCAUAAAACAAAUAAACCUGGAUGAGGAAAAUACUGACUAAAAUAAUGCUAAUACAAAUUUGAUUUCCUGA